AGAUUUACAGAGGAAAUUCAGCCUACGCUGUAAUACGCUCGACUGAGUUUGAUCAAGUAAAUGAUGUACGAACAUGUAUUACCUGAUGUGUAGCACGUGCUUGUUACUAUAUAACUGUCAGGUAUAGCUAGCUUGGAAAGACACUGAACCAGCACAGGACUAGAUUGGGUGUGUGUCUGUCUACACUGUACCAGCACAGGACUAGCUUGAGUGUGUGUCUGUCUACACUGUACCAGCACAGGACUAGCUUGGGUGUGUGUCUGUCUACACUGUACCAGCAAAGGACUAGCUUGGGUGUGUGUCUGUCUACACUGAACCAGCACAGGACUAGAUUGUGUGUGUGUCUGCCUACACUGUACCAGACUAGCUUUGGUGUGUGUCUGUCUACACUGUACCAGACUAGCUUUGGUGUGUGUCUGUCUACACUGAACCAGACUAACUUUGGUGUGCGCUAUACAAUCCAACAUGAAGGGAACUAACAUCUUUUUAGAAGGACUGACAACGUUCCUCCUGCUGUUGAUAACACACCCAAGCGGCCAGACUGCCGUGGUGGUAGGUUUAGACCUCCCAGUACAGAUUUCAGUUCAAGAACGUCUGGAACCUCUAGAACUGGAGCCUUUGGAGUUACCGGAAGUUCCGGAAGUACAGGAGACACAAGAACAACCGGAAGCCAUAGAACCACUGGAACCACUGGAACCACUGGAAAUUGAACCACCGGAAGAUCCGUGCUCUUGUGCGAUACGCUGCUGCGCCAAUCCGUUCGAAUUAAUGCGGUCAACUUUACUGCUAAAUUUCCAUUUACCGGAAGUCACAAGCUUAUCGUGUUGUGGAUGUACGUCAUGUCCGGCUGGUUAUUUCAUUGUACCAGUUUCCCGCCCUUUUGCACUUUCAAUGAUGACGUCAAUGGCGUCGUUACGGACGCCGGGCUAACACACAUGGCGAGGUCUGAUCAUUAAGUGAAAAUUUUAAGAAAUAUACUGUUCAAUAGUAAUGUUCCGAGAAAGCACCUUGCACGUGGUCACGUGACUACGCUCCAUACAGCGACAACUGUCGGUAUGUCUAUCGGAUAUCAAAACUUUCUGAUCUGUAUCCUGGCUCAGUCACCCGUUCGGUAAACUCUUCGCUUUUUAUAGACAGUAAAAAUAGAAUAUUAAUUUACGUAUAAAAAGGUCUUACGGUAUUUUAACAAUUGUACGUAUUGCAUGACAUCAUAAAUGAACUCAACCGAAAAUUUUAACAAAUAAAGAUAUGGUUUAAACAGGGACGUAUAUAUACUGUCCCUGGUUAACAUUACAUGUUGUUGCGAUACUAUUUUUCUUUUCCUUUACCAUUUAGCCAACACUGCAAACAUAAAUAAAUUAAAAUUAUCAAAAAGAUAUUUUGUCGAUUUUUUAGCUAGUUGUGAAGUGCCAGAGUAUAGCUACGUCAGUUCCUGGAGCACAACAUUCCAACCAUAAUAGAGUCGACACUAAACUAGGCCUAGUCUGUAUUACACUGUAUACACAGCGAAUGUUCAGGAUUCAAUAAAUGUUCU